AUGUCCGAACAAGGCCACGAGAAAGCUAUCGCUGAGUCCGACAGUCAAAACGUCGACAAGGAAUUUGGCCUUGGUGAUGUCUCAACGACAACAACUGAGAGUCGCCUUGCGACGCCAAAGAAACCUUUUACGAUGUGGUCGGCCCUCUCGCUGGGCUUCAACAUCACCAAUACUGGUAUUUCGAUGGUGCUGGUGGUAGGGAAUACCGCUUUUGGUGCAGGACCUUUGUUCUUUUACUCGACGCUCCUCAUCGCUGCCGUCACCUUUUGCGUCGCCAUCACUUUAGGAGAGCUGACCUCCGCAUUUCCUCACGCUGGUGGCCAAUACUUUUGGGCCGCGCAGCUCUCUCCUGCCAAGCAUCGACGGUUCUUCUCCUACAUGACAGCCAUCUUGUCAUGGGCAGCCGUCAUUUGUAUCUGCGCGUCGAGUGCGCAGGCAUCGGCCAACAUCGUCUUUCAGAUGGUCUUUUUAAGCCGGCCAGACUUUGCGUAUCAACGAUGGAUGGGAUUUUUGGCCAUGGAAACCUUCAACAUCCUAGCCGCUUCCCUCACCAUUUACGAGUUCGUCCUCCCAAGGUUGGCCAAGGGUUUUCUAAUCUACGUCAUCGUGGUCACAAUGGCUAUAUUCAUCUGCCUACUGGCACCGUCUUCCCAAAAACAAUCCGCGGCUGUGGUCUUUGGCGCCGGCGAGUACUUCAACCUUUCUGGAUGGCCCAACGGCAUGGCGUUCCUCAUUGGGAUGAAUGGUGUGAACUGGAGUUUCUCCUGUCUAGAUGCCGCCACGCACCUGUCCGAAGAGAUCCAGCAGCCUCGGAAGAACAUCCCUAAGGCUCUCAUGUGUAUCACGGGCAUGGGGCUCUUGGUUGGAGUCAUGAUAUCCCUAGGCAUCUAUUUCGCGGCAUUCGAUCUUGAAAAGACUACCGACAUUAUUGCCCUCCUCAACCUGGUUUACAGUGGUAAUCCCACCUGCGCCUACGUGUUUGGAGUGGCCUUGCUCGGUUGCCUCAUUAACGCCCUGGCCAGCGCCCACGCCUGGCAAGCGCGCAUCACAUGGUCGCUGAGUCGUGACAAGGGCACCCCGUUCCACUCGUUCAUGAGCAGACUGGCACCCGCACCUUACUACACACCCCUAUGGGCCACCCUCUGGGGAGUCUGCUGGGUUGGUCUCUGUGGACUCCUCUAUCUGGCGUCGCUGACCGCCUUCAACGCCUUCAUCUCUGGGGGCGUCCUCCUUCAGUACAUCACGUAUGCUAUUCCAGCGGCGCUAUUACUCGCUCGCGGCCGUAAUCAUUUUCAUGACAAGGGUCCCUUUUUCUGGCCUCGGUUCGGAUUGGUGGCUAACGUGGUUGUAAUCUUGUGGACGCUCCUGACGCUGGUGAUCUACAGCUUCCCCUAUUUCUUGCCUGUCGCCGCAGACAGCAUGAACUAUGUUUCAGUCAUGGUGGUCUUUGCCCUCAUAUAUGCCGCAACAUUCUGGGGCGUAUAUGGACGUAAAAAUUACGAGUUGGCAGAUAUUCAUUUGGCCUUGGAUUGA